UUAGGUAAAAUCUCAAAUUAGUCUGUGCUUGCAGACUAAGCUUCUUCCGCCACGUAUCGGCGAUACCUCUGACAUGAAAUAGGAGAGAUUAACAAGUAAUAUGUCUAGUAAAUCAACACCAGCCACUCCAGAAGGAGGUAUUGAGACCUCACAAGGAUCCAGUAAUCCAUUAUCUCGCAAACUCAACAAAAUCUUGGAGACAAGGCUUGAAAAUGACAAGGAUGCACUAGAGGCCCUGAAGGCCCUCUCCACAUUCUUCACAGACAACAACCUGCGCAGUCGAAGGAAACUAAGAGGAGACAUCGAGCGUAGGAGUCUGGCCAUCAGUGAACAGUUUGCUGAUGCGUUUAGUGUCGUGACUGAUCAACUAGACAGCAUUAAUCAAGAUGUAGAGGCUAUGAAUAACAGCUGUCAAGACAUGACCAAGAGACUUGAGCUAGCCAGAGACCAAACUUCUGAUCUGAUUAACAAAACAACAGAUCUCCAGAAGGAAGGGCAGAGACUAGAUAUGAGAGCCCGGGUGGCUGAUGCAUUCUUAGCCAAAUACCAGCUGAAACCGGAAGAAGCAAGGGUGCUACGGGGAACCAGAGAUGGACAGUUACAAGAGAAUUUCUUUCACUCUCUGACUAGAAUCAAGCAGAUUCACAAUGACUGUAAGGUGUUACUGAGAACCAACCAGCAGACAGCUGGUCUCGAGAUCAUGGAAUCCAUGGCUUUACACCAGGAGACAGCAUAUGAAAGGUUGUACAGAUGGACACAAGGUGAAUGUCGAAGCAUGACAGGAGAUUCUUUUGAGGUGACAUUGCUCCAUUGUAAGGCCAUGGAAGCACUCCAAGACAGACCUGUCUUGUUCAGGUAUGCUUUAGAUGAGUUUGGUACGGCUAGAAGAACAGCCAUGGUCAGAGGAUUUAUUGAUGCGCUGACAAGGGGAGGCAGAGGAGGUACCCCACGUCCAAUUGAACUACAUUCCCAUGAUCCAAUGCGGUAUGUCGGUGAUAUGUUGGCAUGGUUACAUCAAGCUUCCGCAUCAGAGAAAGAACACCUUGACGCCUUGCUGCGACUGGCAUCGGCACAGUCUCGAGAAGAAGAAAUCCAAGAGAUUCUGAGCCAUAUUACAGAGGGUAUCUGCAGACCAUUCAAGGUUCGUGUAGAGCAGGUGAUUGUAGCCGAGCCGGGACCUGUUCUACUCUAUAAGCUCACCAAUAUACAUAAAUUCUACAGAUACACAAUAGGUCAGCUCCUGAGCAAGGAAGCUUCUUUGUUAGCCACACUGGAGGAGAUGGAGGAGUUCGCGCAGAAAGUAUUCUUCAAUGCCUUGAACGUGAAGGCAUCAAAACUGGUUGAUAAGGUGGAACUUCCCCCAGCUGAUCUAGGACCUACAGGUUCACUUACCCAAACUCUGAGUCUGCUCCGAGAGAUCCUCACUUCCCAUGAUUCAUCUGUGGUUUCCAUGGAUACCAGACAAGCUGACUUUGCCAAGAUCCUUGGAUGUGUGUUGGAUCCGUUGCUUCAGAUGUGUUCUCUGUCAGCUAGUAAACUGAACCCAUCUGAUAUGGCUGCAUAUAUGAUCAACUGCCUGUAUGCAAUGCAGACGACUCUAUCACUCUAUGAAUAUACGGAUCAGAGACUGGAGAUGCUCGAAGCACAGGUUGAUGCUCAUGUGGACACCCUAGUGAAUGAGCAGGCAUCGUUUGUUUUAACACGGGUUGGGCUGCUCCAGAUAUACAGCAUUGCACAGCAACAUCUUACUACAGAGGGCCCUCUGUCUUCUGUUCAUGGAAUGGAUUCGAGCUCAGUAAGAGAUGGCAUUAAUCGGUUUGAUUCCUUUCUUGGUUCACCUGAUAGCUUCACAAUGCCACAGAUCAAGCUUCUACAUAGUACAACAGUCAGGGAGAAGAUUCACAAGAGAGCCGUAGCCCUUAUCUGCAGUGCAUAUGAGCUUCUACAUACAGCCAUCAACCACCCUGCAAAUGAUUAUACCGAACCUGGAUCUAUAGUCAAGAGAACUCCGGAUCAAAUCAAAUCUUUAGUUUCCUAAGAGAGACAAUUACACCGAUGCUUAAUAUAUAGUGAAGAGGAGGCGUGAUGGCCCCGUGGUAGGAUUGUGGUCUAGUAAUUGGGAGGUCCUGGGUUCAAACCAAGUUGAUGCACCAGUGUCCUUUGGUAUGACAUUAAUCCACAUUGCCAAGUCCCUCAGAUAGGACUUAAAAUUGUAGGUUCCCAGGAUUGCUUACUUACAAGCUAUUUCUCCUUUUUAUUGAAGAUGAAGAAGAAUAAGAAGA